AUGUAUGAAGCAUCAUCUUUGGCUUCAUCGGAGGAAUAUAAAACGAGUAGAAAUAUUGGAAAUUAUUAUCCGUAUAGAACAAGUAUGAAUAUUGAUGAAGUUUUAGAGUCAUCAUCAUCAAUUCAGAGGUCAACUAGAAGCAGGUCACCUAUGAGUGGUGGUAUUCAACCAGUAGCAAUGAUUUAUAUUAAUGAAAAAGUUAGUUAUGACAAUACAUCAACAUGUAACAUUACUUUUCCAUGUUCAAAUCUUGGACAAGCUUUGGAUUAUUUGGCAUCAUUGGAUGAGGAAUCGAGAUUGGGAAUAAUCAUAUUACAAGUGUAUUUUAUGAGUGAUGUGACGACUUGUGAGAAUAGGUGGAGAAAUGAAUUGAAUCCUACUAUGGAAGUGUUUUUUUUAAACUAUCCAACUAGAGAAUCUAGAACAUUUGAUUGUAAAGGACUUAAAUAUUUUAUUACGGAUUUUGUAAACUCGAAUUCUAAGUUGGGUAUUAACAUUUUUGAAAUGAGGUUUGAAAAUACAUCAUUUAAACAUGCAUUGGAUAUGAUUGGGUUCUCUGGAUGUGUUUUGGAUACAGUUUCUAUUAUUGUUGGAAAAUCUUCAAAGGUGACUAUUACCGACUCAUUAGUUCUCAAAUCAGGUAUUAAUUGUAUAGAAGGAUAUUUAGAAACCUCUAAUUCUGUAUUUAGGAGUACUCAAAUUCAUGGAUUUAAUAACAUUGGAUCAGCAGUAGUACACCCAAUCAUAAUGCAAGAUACAAAAUUGUUGGAAAAAUCAACACUUAGUCUCAUAUCAUUUAGAAUAACUAUAAGCCAGUUUACCAUUUCGGAUUCUUCACUUGAAAUUAACUCAGCUCCAUAUAUUGGAAUUACUAAUUUCACGGCUAGUAAUUCACUUUUGAAAUUUGAAGUUGUCAAUAGAAUGGAAAUGAGCGAAUUUGAAAUAUUCAAUAAUGUGAUACCAGUGCUAUUCUCUGGUAUAAACAUACUUAUAAUGAAUAAUGGAACAAUUAGAGAUUGUGAUGUGACUUCUGAUGGUGCCCUUGCAUUCAGAACUAUUCUUUCAAUGAAUUUUCAAAAGUUAAAAUUUAUUAGAAAUAGAAGAGGAAUGUUUGCUGAUAAUGUUAGAACCAUGUCAUUGAAAAGAUGUGAAUUUUCACAAAAUUAUCAAGGAGUUAAUUUACAAAACUUUGAAAAUAAUAGUCAUGCAACAUCUUCGUUUUAUUUCUGCACUUUCAUUGAUAAUUAUUAUCCAGAUGGUAAUGGAGGUGCUGUUCAAAUGAUUAGUCAAGAUUCUUUGCGUUUUUUUGCUUGUAAAUUUGAGAAUAAUUAUGCAAGAAAUGGUGGUGCCAUCUAUUCAACUUCAGAGACCUCCAUUGAGGCUUCUACAUUCCGAAAUAACAGUGCUGUAUUGUACGGAGAUUGCUCUGAAAUUACUUGUGGAAAUGGAGGCAGUUUUUACGGCAAGUCCUUUAUCACAUUGGAAGAUGUCGAGUUUUCAGACAAUAGAGCUAUUAAGGGAGGUGCCUGUUUUUUCAAUCAUGUCACUAGAUUAGACAGUUUUGGGAAUCAAUUGUUUCACAAUAAUGUUGCCUCUUUUGGAGGUGAUGAUAUUUUCCUUCAUGAUACCUUUACUCAAGUUAUGCCAUCAGCCAAGUUUGCCCAAUCAAAUAUUGGAAGUUUGAAAUUGAAGUCAAACUAUGAAUCAAGCAAGAAUAUUUCUGUAGAGGAUAGCUAUUUGAAAUUGUAUCCUGGACAAUCUAUUUCUUUCAGAUUUGAACUAUUUGACAUGUAUGGAAAUCAGAUUAGAAAAAUACAAUCUAGUCCAAGAUUUGUAUCCAGCAACCAUGGUAUUGUCGUAAAAACAGUGGUCAAUUCAACAACCAAUAUUUCAUUGAAUUCAUUUUCCUAUGAGGUCAAUGAGAAAAUACCAAGUGAUGAUUUCCAAGUCCUCGUUUCAUUUGACGAAAAUUUCAAAGAUUAUAUAUUGAAUAUUCGACCAACUCACUGUCCAUUUGGAUAUUCAUUCAAACGACAAUUUGAAUCAGAGUUUAGUCAAUAUGCUUGUGUGAAAGAAAAUUAUGAGGCCAUAAUUGCAUCAUCUGUUAUGGGAACGGUGCUUAUUGUAAUAGUAUUGACUGGAUGCUCAAUUGCUGCCUAUUUUAUUGGAACUCGUAUGCAUAAUCUCUACAAGAGAGAACAAGCUGAAAAAAGUUUAGCCAAGAAACUCAUAGAUAAGCAAUUUAUAUUUGGGGAACAGUCAGAGUUGACUGAAAGUUUAUUGCACUCCAAUGGAAAGGCAAAGCAGUUAAAGAGUCAAUGUGAUAAUAUGAUUAUUCCUCUUACAGAUAUUGAAAUUAUCAGCAAGAUUGGAGAAGGUAGUAAUGGUGUUGUGUAUAAGGCUCGUUGGCAUGGAACUUUUGUUGCAUUGAAAACACUCAAAAUUAACUCACUCUCAGAGGAAGAAAAUGAAGAAUUUGAACAUGAAGCUGCAUUAUUAUCAAGUUUGAAACAUCCUUCUAUUGUUUCAUUUUAUGGAAUUUCAGUUGGGGUCAAUGUCAAGUACAUGAUUGUUGAAUUUAUGCCGAAUGGAAGUUUGGAUCAUUUAAUUAGAGAAUGUAAAAGUGGAAAGGUACAUAUAACUCUGCGACAAAAGAUUAAUAUAAUUCUUGGUAUUGCCAAUGGAUUACUCUAUUUACACAAUCUGAAACCUCUCUCAAUCAUUCACAGAGACAUCAAACCUGGAAAUAUUUUACUAGAUCAUUCAUAUCAGGCAAAAGUGAGCGACUUUGGAUUAUCCAAGCUCACUUCAAAUAAUGGUUCCUCAACCAUGACUUCAAACUUGGGCACUGUUCUAUAUAUGGCACCAGAAGUAAUCAUGGAGGGUGAAUAUGACAUUUCACACAAAUUGGACGUCUACAGCUUUGCCAUAAUCAUGUAUGAAUUAUUCUUUGAGGAAGCUCCAUUCAGUUCAGGUAGCUCCAAACUAAAUAGAUUUUCCAAAGAUGAAAAGGAAGUGAAAAACCUAUUGAGUAUUCCAUGGCUUGUAGCUAAGGGUGAAAGACCCAAAAUUCCAUUCACCACAGAGGAGGAACUAUCAAUGUGGAUUGAGGAAUUUAUAAAGGAUGAGAAGGAUUUGAAUGGUAAUGUUUCACUUUUCAAAGCAGUGCAGGAUUAUAUUGAUUUGAUGAAGAAGUGUUGGACACAAAAUCCCUCCGAAAGACCUACCUUUGCUGAGGUUGUAAUUAUACUUUCGAGAAUGUUGUCAAAUUAUUGGAAAGGAAUUUAA